GCGGCGGCGGUGGCGGCGGGACCGGGGGGGCCCCGAGGCCACGGGUCCCCCGGUGGGCAGGACGGAGCCGGAGGAGAUGGAGGCCCCGGGAUGCACCGGCUCAGCGUGGCUGGUGGUCCCCAAGGCGGAGGUGACGCCCGAGGGUGACAGGGAUGAUGCAGAGGACCCGGAGCUGCACGGCUCAGGGCAGUGGCUGGUGCGGAAGGUGAAGGUGGAGGAGGAGGAGGAGGAGGAUGAGGCCGAAGCUUGGGCUCCUCAGCCGCUGCCCGGCGCCUUCCCCCCCGACCCCGCGGGCAGCCCGGGCUGCAAGGCGGAGGAGCCGGGCCCGGAGGAGCUGGCGUACGGGGCGGUGCCGGCCUGGGCAGCGGGGCCGCGCCUGGACGGGACCGGGAUCGGCACCGGGAUCGGCACCGGGAUCAGCACCGGGAUCGGCACCGGGAUCAGCACCGGGAUCGGCACCGGGAUCGUGAUCAGCACCGGGAUCAGCACCGGGAUCGGCACCGGGAUCAGCACCGGGCUCGGUCCCGGCGGCGCGGGGUGCGGGCGCUGCUCGCAGCCCGGCCCGCGGCCCUUCUGCUGCCCGCAGUGCGGCAAGGCGUUCGGCAAGAAGGCGCACCUGACGCGGCACCUGCGGGUGCACACGGGCGAGCGCCCCUUCCCCUGCGCGCACUGCGGCCGCCGCUUCCGCCAGCGCAUCCACCUGCGCUCGCACCUGCGCACGCACACGGGCGAGCGGCCCUACCCCUGCCCGCGCUGCGCCCGCCGCUUCCGCAAGAAAACGCACCUGGACCGGCACCUGCGCACGCACACGGGCGAGCGGCCGCACCCCUGCCCGCGCUGCGCCCGCCGCUUCGCGCACCGCCAGCACCUGCUGCGCCACCUGCGCCUGCACGGGGAGCCGGGCCCGGCGCUGGGACACCGGCACGGGCACGGGGAUGGGCACGGAGAACCGGGCCCGGGGCACAGACACUGCCCUGGGCACGGGGAGGGGCACGGAGAACCGGGCCUGGGGCACGGACACUGCCCUGGACACGAGGAGCCGGGCCCGGGGCACGGACACUGCCCUGGGCACGGGGAGGGGCACGGAGAACCGGGCCUGGGGCACGGACACUGCCCUGGACACGAGGAGCCGGGCCCGGGGCACGGACACUGCCCCGGGCACAGCGAUGGGGACAGGAACGGGGACGGCCCCGCCGAGGAGAAGCCGCUGCCCUGCCCCGGCUGUGAGAUGAGCCUCAGCUGGAAGCAGAAGCAGAAGCAGCUGGGGCUGCCCGCGGGAGCGCUGCCGGCAGCGGGGAACGGGCACCCGGAGGAGCACCGGGACCGGGACCGGGACCGGGACCGGGACGGGGACGGCGCUGCUGAGGAGAAGCUGCUCAUUUGCCCGCAGUGUGGGAAUGCGCUCAGCUGGAAGCAGAACCCGUCGCACCUGUGGCAUCACCUGGAGAGCCUCGGCUGUGCCCAGGACCCCCUGCAGCCCCCCCAGGACCCCCAGCACCCAGCACAGGCGCCCACGGCCGAGCGCCCCUUCCUGCAGGACGGUGUCCCACCCCACCGCUGUGCCCACGACCCCCGGCCCCUCCCGCAGCCCCGAGUGCCCGGCGCCCAGGACCACCAGCACCGGCCGCAGGUGCCCAAACGUGGCUGCGCCCAGGACCCCCCGCAGGCGCCCCCCGCCCCGCGCCCCUACACCUGCCCCCAGUGCGGGCGCGGCUUCGGGCGCAAGGCGCACCUGGCGCGGCACCUGCUGGUGCACUCGGGCACGCGGCCCCACGCGUGUCCCCGCUGCGGCCGCCGCUUCAGCUCCAAGACCAACCUGGGCCGGCACGAGGCCGUGCACACGGGGCUGCGCCCGCACCGCUGCGCCCGCUGCGGCCGCGGCUUCACCCGCAAAACGCACCUGGAGCGCCACGAGCGCACCCACGGCACCGCCACCGGCACCGCGACGGGCACCGGGACGGGCACCGGGACGGGUACAGGGGCGGGCACGGCCACCACCGGCACCGGGACGGGCACAGGGGCGGGCACGGCCAUCACCGGCACCGCGACGGGCACAGGGACGGGCACGGCCAUCACCGGCACAGAGGCGGGCACGGCCAUCACCGGCACCGCGACGGGCACGGCCACCGCUGCUGCUGUCCUUGCCGCCACGGGCGAGUUCUCCCUGGACUCCAUCCUGCUGCUGCAGCUGCGCGGCCGCGGCAUCGCGCACCUGGGCUGCCUGGCCGACUGCUCCAACCUGGAGUGGCUGGACCUGUCGGGCAACGCCAUCGCGGGGCUGGCGCCGCUGGCCGCGCUGCGCGCCCUGGCCGUGCUCAACCUGGCGGGGAACCGCGUGGCCAGCGUGGAGCCGCUGCGGGGCUGCCGCAGCCUGCGCCAGCUCAACCUGGCGGGCAACCGGCUGCGCAGCCUGGGCCAGCUGCGCUGCCUGCGGCACCUGCGGCACCUGGAGAGCCUCCGGCUGCGGGACCCGCGCGGCGACCUGGGCAACCCGCUGUGCGCCGCGCCCGCCUACCGCGCCGCGCUGGCCGCGCUGCUGCCCGGCCUCAAGGCCAUCGACGGGCAGCGGGUGGCCGGCCGCGGCAGCGAGCUGUUCCGCCUGUGCGGGGAGCUGGACGCGGCGCUGGGCGCCGAGCCCGAGCCCGGGCCCGCCGCGGCGCCGCCGGCGCAGCCCUGGGUGCGGGCCGGGUUCUGGGAGCCGCCGCCGAGCCGCAGCGCCGUGCUGGACGAGGCCACGCGGCAGCUCGGGCAGGCCCUGCGCGAGUGCCGGGAGCUCGGGCUCCGCGCCGACCGCUCCAUCGCCCAGGCCGGCAGCCCCCGCGAGAACGCGAACAUCCCGGGCAGGUACGGCCCGUCCCCGCCGCCGCCCGCCGCCUCCACCGCGCGGCACUCGGCCUCGUCCCGCUGGCGGAUCUCCUGCGGAUCCCAAAUCCCGGUGCCGAAUCCCGAAUCCCGCUCCCGGUGCCGAAUCCCGAACCCCGUCGCGCACCCGCUCGAUGACCCCGUCCACGUCGCGCUCCCUGAAGAGGAAAUGGACGUUGCUGCGCCCGUGGAAAUAUUCCAGCACGUCACGCACCACGCGCCGCUGCAGCGGGGACGGGCCCGCGGCCCCCGCGGCCACCGCGGCCCCCGCCAGGGCGAGCGGCAGCCACAGCGACACCGGGAGCGGCACCGGGAGCGUGAAUACCGGGAACGGGCUAGUGAGCGCCGGGAACGGGCUAGUGAGUGCCGGGAACGGGCUAGUGAGCACCGGGAACGGGCUAGUGAGUGCCGGGAAUUGGCUACUGAGCGCCGGGAACGGGCUAGUGAGUGCCGGGAACGGGCUAGUGAGUGCCGGGAACGGGCUACCGAGUACCGGGAACGGGCUAGUGAGUGCCGGGAACGGGCUAGUGAGCGCCGGGAACGGGCUAGUGAGUGCCGGGAAUUGGCUACUGAGCGCCGGGAACGGGCUAGUGAGUGCCGGGAACGGGCUACCGAGUACCGGGAACGGGCUAGUGAGUGCCGGGAACGGGCUAGUGAGCGCCGGGAACGGGCUAGUGAGUGCCGGGAACGGGCUAGUGAGCACCGGGAACGGGCUAGUGAGUGUCGGGAACGGGCUAGUGAGUACCGGGAACGGGCUAGUGAGUACCGGGAACGGGCUAGUGAGUGUCGGGAACGGGCUAGUGAGUGUCGGGAACGGGCUAGUGAGCGCCGGGAACGGCGGCACGGGCUGGGAACGGGCUACGAGUGCCGGGAACGGGCUAGUGAGUGCCGGGAACGGGCUAGUGAGUGUCGGGAACGGGCUAGUGAGUACGGGAACGGGCUAGUGAGCGCCGGGAACGGGCUACUGAGUGCCGGGAACGGGCUAGUGAGCGCCGGGAACGGGCUAGUGAGUGCCGGGAACGGGCUAGUGAGUGUCGGGAAUUGGCUACUGAGUGCCGGGAACGGGCUAGUGAGUGUCGGGAACGGGCUAGUGAGUGCCGGGAACGGGCUAGUGAGUGUCGGGAACGGGCUAGUGAUAUCCCGUUAUCCCAUCCCGGUAUCCCGUUAUCCCGGUAUCCCAUCCCGGUAUCCCGAACUACAACUCCCAGCUCUCCCGGCUCUCGCCGUUCGCAGCCGGAUCCGGCCCCGCUCGGCGCCUUCCGCACCCCAAAUUCCGGGGGGAGGAGGAGGAGGAGGAGGCGGGGGGGGCCGAGGCCGCUCCGGGACCGCCGCGUUCCCGGGCCUGGUUCCGCUCCCGUCCCGUUCCAUUCCCGUUCCGUUCCCGUUCCGUUCCCGUUCCCUCCCGUCCCCUCCCGUCCCUCCCGCUCUCAUCCCGCCUCUCCCGCUCUCCAGGACCCCGCGGCCAUUUGAGGGACUCGCUGAAGGAGGAGGGAGGCCGGGAAGAGGCCGGGAAGAGGCCGGGAAGGGCCGGGAGGCCGCGCUCCAGCCCCGGGACCGGACCGGGACCGGCACCGGCACCGCCAUGUCCGCGGGCGGCGCGCCGCAGCCCGCCCACGGCCUGGACCUGCUGCCGUACUCGCGGCUCAGCCCCGCGCCCCGGGCCGGGGCCCCCCUGGACGCCGUGGGCGCCGACAUCCCCUCGGACCCCUGCACAGCUCCCCUGCCCCCAGGGUACCGGUUUUUCAAGCCCGGGGGUUUGUUUGGGAUGAAGCCGCCGGAGGAGCCGUUCGGAGCCGCUCGCUCGGGCCCCGAGGAGCCCAAGGGGCUGGGGAGCCCCUGCGCCGUGGAGCCCGGGCGGGUGAGCAAGGUGGAGCCCGAGGAGAAGCCCGGGAUCGGCGCCGGCUCCCUGGAGCUGUUCCCGGCGGCGGGCGGCAGCUCCGGCCGCUGGUUCCCCGGCGGGCAGCGCGGCCCCGAGCCCCCCCGGGACCCCCCGGCGCCCCGCGGCGGCUGCUGGGGGGCGCAGGGGGGCGUCCCCGGCCCGUUCCGCUGCGGCCAGUGCGGGAAGGGCUUCCGGCAGAAGCAGAGCCUGGUGACGCACGAGCGCAUCCACACCGGGGAGAAGCCGUUCCGCUGCGGCGACUGCGGCAAGAGCUUCUCGCAGCGGCCCAACCUGCUGACGCACCGGCGCGUGCACACGGGCGAGCGGCCCUUCCCCUGCGGCCAGUGCGGCAAGAGCUUCUCGCAGAAGGCCAACCUGCUGGCGCACCAGCGCAUCCACGGCGCGCACCCCGAGGAGGGCAAGGCGCGGCCGCGGGCGCCGGCGCGGGGCUGCGGCGAGGACGCGCCCUUCGUGUGCCCCGAGUGCGGCAAGAGCUUCCGCCAGAAGCCCAACCUGAUCACGCACCGGCGCAUCCACACGGGCGAGCGGCCCUUCUCCUGCUUCCUGUGCGGCCGCAGCUUCAACCAGAAAACCAACCUGGUGACGCACUACCGGGUGCACACAGGUGAGCGGCCCUUCGCCUGCGCCCAGUGCGGCAAGCGCUUCACCCAGAAAACCAACCUGGUCACGCACCAGAGCACCCACACCGACCUGCGCCCCUUCCCCUGCGCCCAGUGCCACAAGUGCUUCAAGGACAAGGUGUCCCUCAAGGCCCACCAGAAGACGCACGCCCCCCGCCAGCGCCGCUGCCCCGCGCGCGGCCCGGCCCCCGCCGCGCCCUUCGGGGCCGCGCCCGCCCUGCUGCCCCCCGCGCCCGCCCCGCACGACCCCGCCCCGUUCGCCCCCAAGCUCCCCGAGGGCGCCGAGCUCUUCCCCUGCCCCGACAAGGGCUUCCCCCCGCCGCCCCCGCCGCCCCCGGCCCCGGGCGAGCCCCCCUUCCCCUGCGCCCACUGCGGCCAGGGGUUCUGCCCCAAGCUGCCCCUGCUGCGGCCCCCCGAGGCGCCCGCCGCCCCCUUCGCCCCCGGCCCUCCCCUCCUGGGGCCCCUGGGGGCGCAGCCGGGGCCGGGGGACGCCGCGGGCCCCCCCGCCCCGGAGAAGCCCUUCAUCUGCAACCAGUGCGGGAACAGCUUCGGGCUCUGGCUCGCCCUCGUCGCCCACCAGAAGAGCCACGCGGGGCACAAGCCGUGCCCCGGCGCGCCCCCCGCCGAGCCGGGCGCCGAGCGGCCCCCCGGGUCCCCCCCGGCGCGGGCGGCGGGCGAGGGCCGGGCCUGGCCGUGCCCCGAGUGCGGGCGGGGCCUGGCGCCGUGCGAGCGGCCGCCGCGGCACGGGCAGGGCGCCGGCGGGCGCGGCCCCUUCCGCUGCGACACCUGCGGCAAGCGCUUCAGCCUCAAAACCAACCUGGCCACCCACCAGCGCAUCCACACAGGUGAGCGGCCCUUCACCUGCGGCGUCUGCGGCCGCCGCUUCAACCAGAAGGGCAACCUGGUGACGCACUACCGGGUGCACACGGGCGAGCGCCCCUUCGCCUGCGCCCAGUGCGGGAAGCGCUUCGCGCAGAAGCCCAACCUGCUGGCCCACCAGAAGACGCACCUGGGCCGCCAGCCCUUCACCUGCCUCGAGUGCCCCAAGCGCUUCAAGAGCAAACUGUCCCUGCGGGUGCACCAGCGCGUGCACAGCGGGACCCCCGGCGCGGCGCCCGGCGCCCUGGACCCCGCCGGGAGCCCCUUCCCCUGCGCGCUGUGCGGGGAGGCGUGCGCCGAGCACGGGGGGCUGCGGCCGGGCCACGGCGGGGAGCAGCUGCACGGCUGCGCCAAGUGCGCCCACGGCUGCGCCGAGCGUCCCCACGGCUGCGCCGAGCAUCCCCACGGAAUUACCGAGCGUCCCCACGGCUGCACCGAGCAUCCCCACGGAAUUACUGAGCAUCCCCACGGCUGCGCCGAGCGCGCCCACACCUGUGCCGAGCAUCCCCACACCUGCGCCGAGCGGCUCCACAGCUGUGCCGAGCCGCGCCGCGCCUGCGGGGAGCAUCCUCACCCCUGCGGAGACCAUCCUCACCCCUGCGGGGAGCAUCCUCACCCCUGCGAGCGGCCCCACCCCUGCGGGCAGCCGCAGCCGCAGCCGCAGCCGCAGCCCUGCGCCGAGCGGCCGCCCCACUGCGCGGAGUGUCCCCACCCCUGCGAGCAGCCCCACGCCUGCAGCAAGCGGCCCCACGCGUGUGAGCAGCCCCACGGCUGCGCCGAGUGUCCCCACGGCUGCGCCGAGCAUCCUCACCCCUGCGAGCGGCCCCACCCUUGCGAGCAGCCCCACACCUGCGCGGAGCCGCCCCACGCGUGCGCCGAGUGUCCCCACGCGUGCGCCGAGUGUCCCCACGGCUGCGCCGAGCGGCCCCACACCUGCGCCGAGUGCGGGAAGCGCUUCCGGCAGAAGGUGAACCUGGCCGUGCACCUGCGCACGCACACCGGGGAGCGCCCGUUCCGCUGCGCCGACUGCGGCAAGGGCUUCAGCCAGAAGGCGCACCUGCUGCGGCACCGCCGCACCCACGGCGCCGCCGAGCCGCCCCCCAAGGGCCCCGAGCCCCCCGCGCUGCUGCUGCCGCCCUGCGCCCGCGCCGCGCCCCCGGCGCGCCCCGACAGCCCCUCGGGCGCCGCCGACAUCCUGCUGCAGCUGAUGCAGGACGAGCCGCCCCCCGGCCCCGCCGCCGCCCCGCUGCCCCCCUGCAAGUGCCCCGGGGGGGGCCCGAGCCCCCGGGCGCCGGGGCUGCCCCCGCCCUGCUGCUGCGCCGCCUGCCUGGCCCCCCGCCCGCCGGAGCCCCCCCGGGCGCAGCUCUGGGCGCCCAAGGCCGGCGGCUGCGCUCGGGCUUUCGAGGAGAAGCGAGUGCCGGGAGCGCCGGAGCGCGAGUGCGGCGAGGAGAAGCCGGCGCCGUGCCCCGGCUGCCUGUGAGCGCCCCCGCGCCGGGACCCCCGCCCUGCCCCCACAGCGGAGCCCAAACCGAGACCCCCGCAGCCAGCAAGGGCCGCCCUCGGCUCCUGCGCUCGGCCUCGGUGAGCCUGGAGAGGAUGGAAGGAGGGGACGGAGCCGAGGGGACAGAACCGAGGGGACAACCACAGGAAUGGAGCUGAGGGGACAGAACCGAGAGGACAGAGACAAAGGGUUGGUGCCAAGGUGGCACAGCCAGCCCGAUUUCAGCACUGGGACUUGGAGGAGCCUCCAGCCUCGAGCAGAGCCAGGCUGGGACACGGCACAAUCCCGACAGCCAGGCUGGGACAUGGCACAUUUCUGGCACCCAGGAUGGGACAUGGCACAAUCCCGACACCCAGGAUGGGACAUGGCACGUUCCCGGCAGCCAGGGUGGGACAUGGCACGUUUUUGGCAGCCAAGCUGGGACAUGGCACAUUUUUGGCACCCAGGAUGGGACAUGGCACGUUUCUGACACCCAGGCUGAGACAUGGCACAUUUCUGGCACCCAGGAUGGGACAUGGCACGUUUUUGGCAGCCAAGCUGGGACAUGGCACAAUCCCGACACCCAGGCUGGGACAUGGCACGUUCCCGGCAGCCAGGCUGGGACAUGGCACGUUUCUGACACCCAGGCUGGGACAUGGCACAUUUUUGGCAGCCCGGCUGGGACAUGGCUCGUUCCCGGCUCGGGAGGACACCGAAGGCUGGAGGAGCCGCAGCAGGGCGCGUUCAGCUCGGAUCUGCCGUGUCGGCUCCGGCCCGCGGAACAGGAACCGCCGGACGCGGUGGAGCCGCACCCGCUGCUUGGGACAAGAGGGACUCGAGGGCUCCCUCGGCUUCCAGAACCUUCGGCUGGGUGGGGUCCCUGAGGACUCGGGGGCCGCUGGGGGGCUCAGCCCUGCCUGCAGGGCCCGGGGGCUGCCGGGGGUGGGGGCAGCUUGUGCUUGUGCUUGCUCUGGUAACCGCGCUUUGGGACUCAGUCCCGCAUUUGGGGUGGGGGGCGCCGCUGGGCCGCGGUGGUGCGAGGGGCGGGGGGGCUCCAGUGGCGCACGCGGGGUCCGUGUGGUGUCGCCGUGUCCCCCCCCCGUGUGACAGAGCCGGGGAUGACGAUCUGCGGCGGAGUUUCGGUCACAGACCCCGCGGGGAGCGGCCGCUGCUCGCCCCGAAGGGACCCGGACACCGGGACGGGCACCCCCGGCUGGGCGGGGGUCCCGCUCCUGCCCCCCGCCCCCAGCUCUGCUCUCUGCAAUUCUAUUUUUUGAGGUUAUUUAAAAUAAAAGCUUCGGAUGGC